UCCUUCACCAUACUCGGCACAUUUACCAUCCGACUCGAUGCCACGAUUCACAGACUUGGAAGUGUCACACCUCACACCCACGAGUCGCGCGCAACGCAUAGAACACUCAACGAUAACAGUCUGCAAAAACCUAAAUAAAAGAGCACGGCCCAGCGCGGUGUCUUGCCUGAAGACAUUUUCUUGACGCCCCAAUACGGAACCGCGGUUUUCCUCGUUCGCAUCUGAUCGCAUCUCAGUCGAAGUGGUAUCGACCACACUAAAUACUGCAGUUUCACCGCAAUAUUGGACCACCAGGUUAGACAUCAUGUCUUCAUCCCGCCGGCCUGGAACCGGCUCGCCGACGCCGCGCUCCUCUGAGACCAAGCGCUCGAAGGAGCCGCCCGAAAUCCUGCACCAACUUGGCCGCUUCGUCCUGGCAUAUUCCCUCAAAAAGCUGAGCGAGCAAAAGACCCAGUCCCAGCAACGAUCGCGGAGCUCCCGCCGCGGAUCGAGCCCCAGACCGCCCAGCAAAAAUCGCGACCAUUCCACCAUCAGACGACGCGACAGCAGCCGCGACCUACCUCGCAGCGACAGCGGCGACAUCCACACGCUCGCCAGCCAGCUCGCAGUCGGCGUGCUCGCCUUCGGAAUCCGCCACCUCGCCCUGCGGCGACGCGAGGCCAAGAGCAAAGUUGCCGACGCCGCCUCCCAAAGCACCGGUACGACCAGCCGAACGAUGAACAGCAACAGCACCCAGGACCAGGGCGUCAACGCCAACAUCGACCCAGAACUGUCAGCCGCGCUGGACGCCGUCACCAUGGAGCUGCAGGGUGCAACCGAGUCGAUCCGGCGGCUGGCCUACGCCGCGCCGCCUCCGCUGCAUCGCAACUGUGCGGUGAGGGACGCGCUGGUGGCGGAUGCCGAGCGGUUGAGCGGGUCGCUGUCGAACAUGCAGGCCAGCAUCAACAACAUGAGGAAUUUGCAUCCUGGGUUGGAGGAGCGGGUAGAGAAGAGACCGCGGGAGCGGCCCGGGGCGAAGGAUGGGGAAAGACAAACGAAGAGCACCAGGCUUGGGAACCGGCGGGAUGGAAUGACGGAAGGGGUAAGGGAAAAGGGUAGAGCAGAGGAAUGGGCUGAGCGGGUGAGACACAGCAAGGGGAAACGGGCAGAGGAUUUGGCUGGAAGCGAGACAGAUCGAAGGCAAAGGCAGUGUGGAGGAGACGAUGGCGGACCUCACGACCGGUCUGUCGAACGACUCAGGAGAUGUGUGAGCAGGCGAGAUGAUGAGUUGCAAAGGGGUCGCCGGCUUACGCCAGUAGAGCGGUGACGGUUCGACUCCAGGUUCGGAUUGGGACUCGACUUCAGGGGUCGCAGUUUCGGACUGCGGUCCGCCGAGUUUGGCGUUGACCUAAACAUGGCCGCCGGGCACGGUCUCUACUUCAUGAUCCUCCCUCAU